AUGGGACAAAGUCCUCCCUUCCUCUUACGGCCUCUCUCUUCUCCACUCUCCUCCCCUUCCACCCAGCUGAGGCUACACCUGAGCCCAGCUGCGAAGCCCCCGACCCCAGCUGACCUGGCACCCCGCUCAGCAAAGACAAGGAAGAAGAGCCAAGCAGAGGGAGAAAGUGAGCACCUCUGUGUGUCCAUAUGCGUCUGGGUGGCGGUGAGCAUGCUGGGACGUCCUGCUGGGAGGACAGAUGGCGCCGGGGCCUGCCAUGACAGCGCUGACGAUGGCCACAUUCUCACAUGGGACUCCUGGUUCUCGGAGUCCCACGCCUCCUGUUCAGGCCUGCACCAACAGCCCCUCUGUGCCCCCCGUGGCUCGCGGUCCACCUCAGAGGAGCUUCAUACGUCUCCUGACAAGUGGGGCUCGUCCGGAUCUUAUCUCGCACAUGACACCGGGAAAGCAGAUAAUCCAGAGCCUCCGACACGCACGCGCCUCGCUCCGGAGAGCUCUGUUCAAGCCCCUCAUGGACCGUGGACCGUGCACUUUCCUCGCUCUCUGCACAUCUGCACUAUUGUCUGUGCAGCUCUAGGACGCUCCCCCUGCCCCAUGGUGCCACAGAGCCGAAGUCCUCCAACUGUCUCCAAACUAAACUCAACAUUACGCGCUGUGUCUGGCUUCCGUACAACCAGCUCCAAACUCACUUUUUCGGAGGGAUAUGAGUUAAAUUCAACUCUGAAGUUCGUACCAAGACCUGUCAUAGGAGAUAUCUUUAAGGUUCUUUGGAGAAGCGAGUUCCAGAGCGAGGCCAAAAUGAUGCUGAGCCCGGACCAGGCGGAGGCGGACCUGUCAUGGACACAGUCUGACCCCGAGUCGUUGCUCAAUAGCCUCAAGUCUGCGGGUUGCACGUCGGACGAUCACGUGGAAAGUGACGAGAAGAGAUGCAAAGCUGACCCUCCGCUGAGCCGCGAAGAGAAGCGCAGGAGGCGGCGAGCCACGGCCAAGUACCGCUCUGCCCACGCCACCAGAGAGAGGAUCCGUGUGGAGGCGUUCAACGUGGCCUUUGCUGAACUGAGGAAAUUACUGCCCACCUUGCCCCCGGACAAGAAACUCUCUAAGAUUGAGAUUCUCAGACUGGCUAUUUGUUACAUCUCGUAUCUGAAUCACGUGUUGGAUGUUUAG